UGUAUGAUGAUCAUUCCAUCGAGCAGUACUAGUUUUUGAACAAGUUGUAAUGUACUUAUAAUGGAUAUCAAGUUAUUGGUAUAAUGAUCACAGGCGUCCUCUAGGGAUCCUAAUUUAAAGAACUACUACUACUACUACCAUGUUGUUUGCUUGGAAUAAUGAUGAUCUGAUUCUACUGGUGUUAAGGUUAACGAGUUUGGUUGCUAUGUCUACCAUGAUCGUAGUAGUAGGGAAAAUACUUCGGCGGGUGUCUUUAUCUCUGGCCGCGAGUACUUACAGACUAAAGCGAGGCUGCAUGCCUCACCCUUGAGGGCGGGCUAUAUACUUCACCCUUGGAACGCCUUCCAACGAGGUCUGUCGAAAUUAUUUUUUUUGUCGAUAAAUAGGAAUAGCCCAUGAAAUGAAAAAAAAAGAAGAUGUUGGACUUGCGACUGUCAAUUGAUCAGAGUGAGUUGUACUUAAUUGAAUACAAGAACUAAUAGUACUAGAGAACGAAAAGGGGAAGAUUAUUACAAGAUGCAGUCCCUAUAAUUAAAGAACUUAUACCACAUGAGUGGGUACAUCUAUCUAUCUAUCUAUCUAUCUAUCUAUCUAAUAGUACUAAAGAACGAAAAGGGGAAGAUUAUUUUUUGAGAAAUAGAUACGGCUUUGCGAUGUAAGAAACUGAAAGGAGUGCUCGUAGUGGAGAUUGUUGCUUAUCUUGACAUGGAUUCAUCAGUUGGGAAAACUUCAGUGACAAAAAUGAAUGUACUAAAAUGUAACUACCCACACUAGAGUCACCAAAGAAAAGUCGCUUCCCGUGUGCUUACUUAUUA